UCGGUGUUCGGAUUUGGCCGCCAUGAAGAUGUGGACAGUGUCUUCAAAUAUGAAAAUAAAGAUGUUUAUAUUUUCGUAACGUGGGCACUCAUACUUGUCGUAUCACAAUCUGCACAUCUGGAUGCGCUUCAGAUGUACAUCUGGAAUGGAGGUGGGUUAUUUGUUUGACCACCCAGAGAUCGGCCUGACCGGCACCUUAUGACUGAGGACUCAAGCCACGGUGAAGAAUGUCUAUCCACAAUAAGGCAGGUGUGUGAUGUGCAGUCGCAUGCAAAAUCUUGGGAAUGUGGCAAAAAAAAAAAAAAAAUCAGCAACUCAAAAAGAUUGGUGUCGCACAAUAAAAGCCACAAUACCGGAGCCGCCUGCCACCUCUGCAAGGUUGCUUUCCAACCUUGACGUCGCUCUCCACUCACCUGGAUAAUGCGCACUGAGCACCGCUCUGCAGAAAGGGCCAUCGGUCUUUCGGUUGUGUGUGGCAGCUGAACAAGCAUGUGGCGGCGCAUUGCGUGGACUCGGCAUCAUCUCAAGGAAGUCGAAUUCUACAGCCGCAUAUGAGCGGCGGAACAGUGGCAACUUUUCUGAAGUGACAAACCACAAACUCAUCCCUGCGCGAGUCGCUGUCGGAGACGAAGCCUGAACAAAGGACUGAGAUGAAGCCUCAGGCGUCUGAAAGCUGUGUGGAAUACAUUGUGGGCGAGGAUGAUAACGAUGCUGACAUUAAAUGUGAUGGCGAGAAGUCGGAUUAUUCAUCCAGCUCUGAGUCUGAUGACGAGGACAGGACUUUCUCUAAAUCUGCAGACUUGAGCCCAAAUGACCCAGAAUCGGAUGGCUCAAGUUCGUCUGGCAAUUCCAGCGACUCUUCCAGCAGUCCACCCUCUAAAGCCGCCCCCACACCCAAUCCUAACAAUGCUUCAAUGUGUUCAAUGUGUGGCAGAGGGCCAUUUAAGUCAGUUAAGGUUCAUUUGCUUCACUGCAGUGGCGUCAAGGUAAAAUAUCAGUGUUUUUUGUGCAAGAAGGUCUUUCUAAAUGAGACGACUCUUGAUGAACACUUCAUGCAUUUGUAUUCCUGUAACGUCUGUGGCCAAGUUUUCUCUCAGCAGAAUUUGUACACUUGCCACCAGUGUCCCAAGGGUAGAAAAAUACCUGUGGCCCUCUUCUGUUCGGAGUUCAUGCCUAAAGCAUGUAACAUAUGCAAAUCCUUUUUCACUUCUGAGAAAACUUUGUUAGACCAUGUUACCAGAGUUCACGCGUCUGUGGUUAGCACCAAAGUGCGCAUCAUUCCUAAAUCCUCACUGUUGACCGACGAAAAGGUUAUACCACUUAUCCAUAGCACGGAAGUCCUGUCAAGCAUCUCUAGUCCAAACGCAGUGAACCAUGCCAUCAAUGGAAAGCUCCACGUCGGCCAGACCUACGCGGGGUCCACCGUGGUGAAGUCGAGCUCGCCCUCCCCCCAGCCGAGCGCGCCUUCUGCCAACGCGCGCACAGCCGCUGUGCCUGUGAAAAGCGUUGCUGUAGGUCAGCCAGCGAACCAGGCCUCAAGCCGCAGUGCUGCACCUUUAUUCGUCUCUCCCGUCGCCACUGACACGCCGCGAGACGCUCAGGCCUCCGACCCGGACUCCCCAACCACGCCCACCAUCCUGGCCAUGUUCGAGCACGGCAGCCGGGACGCGGCUCCGGCGAAACGCGCGAACACGGGCUGGCGCUCCAAGGCCUCUUACCCCUGCAGGCAGUGCGGAGCCGUCUUGCGGCAGCCCUCGCUCAUCAUCAGCCACCGCUACCUCCACCGGGGGCGGCGGUCGCACCGGUGCCAGUGCGGCAGAGCGUUCAAGCACCGGCUGCACCUCCUGCGGCAUUGCGUUCAGCAUGCGGAGGCCAUCAGCUACAUCUGCGUCAGCUGCGGGGACACUUUCACGGGGGCGAAGCUCUUAGCUCAGCACCUGAAUGGCAAAUCACGGGGGAAAUCCAGCUCCGGACAUACGUGGAAGAGCGCGGUGAAGACAAAGUGCAGAAUGCCCUUCAUAUGUGACUGUGGACAGCUCUUUUUCAGGCCUUCGGCUUACAUAUGGCACCAAAUUAAAAACAGGACAGAAAAAUGCAAACAGCUGAGAAAGGCCAUGAAAUGACAUUGCUUUUUUGCGUAAAUGGAAUAAAAUCAGAAGGCAUAUUUCACACGUGCAAUCUGGUCGUCACUGUUUAAUAUUUGUCUUACCGAGCGGCAAAAUGAGGCAACACAUUUUUACUGGCUUUGAAUUUUUUAACAUCCUCCCGGGUGGUCGUUAACAUGUUUUCACUAUGUGCAAAUGAUACUUUGUAAACGUGUAAAAUACGUCCCUCAUAAGUUACUUUGCUAACACCAGUAUACAAAUGAAGCCACAAGGGGCUUUUCACUAUUGGAUUAAGUUAAAAACAUGUAAACACAUAAAACUUACAGUUUAUCUUCCGUAGAAAUAUUUAAUCCAGUUGCAAAUUUUGUUCCCUCCCAAAGUGCGUUCUUAUCCGUGAGGUUUGCGAGGAAGUCCUCAUUUUCUGUCUUUAAAUCUGUUUUCAACACAUCCGAUUCGACUGUUCCGCUCCCUGUAGACGCCGAUGAGGUUUUGAUAUUUAGGUUGGCAAUAGCAUAUGACAUUGUCUAUGAUUAUUUUUUUUUUUUUUAAAAGUUACGUAAUUGUGAUCAUUUUAAUUUAACAUGUUGUCUACUUAAGUGUUGUCCACUAGGUGGAGUAGUCGAUUCAGCCAACAGGGCAGUGUGGGCUCUUUCGUUGUUUUCAACAGGUGCAAACUGUCAGAUGCUUUUCCUGCAUCACGCGAUUACAAACGUCAGUGUAGACAUUAAUCUAUGAGUUUCUUUGAAAUCCCAUGGAUCUAUAGUUUAAAAUAAAGGUUUCUUUCCAAAAUA